AUGGAUAAUCCUGCAAAACAUAUUGUUAAUCAAAGUUUUGUCGAAUCAUCAUAUAGUAGAACAGGUACUGCUAGUACCACAACAAUUAAUCAGCACCAUCAGUCAUCAGUGCAGUCGUAUCUCAAACAAGGGACAAAUGAUAAUCAAGAGAAAAGCUUACCACAACAGAAUAGUUUAUUAACAAGAACAAGUGAUCAAGCUAAAGAACUACGAGGACAUAAUCAACAAAGACUAAAAGUACUUAAUAAAUAUUCAUCAAGAAAAACAAAAAAAACUAAACAUCAGGAAUUUGGUUCAUGGUCAAAUGUCACGGAUUUUAAGGAUUUUCAAGAUCGAAAGUCGAAUAGAAACAAAAAGAAACUAUAUUUUAAUGAAAUUUGUUGUCGAUGUUCACUCAUGUCUUUAUUACUGUUGCUAACUGCUCUUGUUGGUAUUAUUGGCAUAAUUGUUGCUGCAAUAGUUAUUCCCUUGGUCAUAAAACCACAAGCGGCAACAGCAACAACAACAAUCAUAUCAACAGUAACAACAACAACAAUAACGACAGCAACAACAACAACAGCAUCUACAACAACAACAUCUACAUCAACAGCAACAACAACAACAACAAUAACGACAGACACUACAACAACAACAUCCACAACAACAACAAAAACAACGUCUACGUCAGCAACAACAACAACAAGUAAGACAACAUUUGUGUUAUUAUUCGCUUAA